AAAAUAUUUUCAUUUGCAGUUUUAAAUACUAUUUAGGCCUAUAGCUAAACUAAUGAUUUGUUUAUCUUUAUUUACAAUAAAUAAUACCUGUUUUGUCCAUUUUGUGUAGGCUACUGGCAAAAUUACGUAAAACGAGUACACGGGUAUAUGCGCACUGUGAAGUACUGAGAUUCAUAUUGAGAUUCACCCCAUCAUUUAUUGCGCCCCAAGUUCGUUCUUGGAAAGCAAGUUCGCAAGACCGUUCUUGCCAAGACCACAAGUAUGAUCUUUGCAUCCUUGGUAUUGAGAAACAUCCCUUUACUCUCGUGUUCAUUCACGUGUCUUAUGCUACACGUACAGUGCUUUCCGCAACUCUUUAAAAUGAACAGAGUUUGUAGAAAAUGUGUAGUCUCCCAUAAAAGUCUGUCCGUUUGAUGUCACCAUCCAUAACACUGAUAAAAUACAAUGUAUUUCUAACAACUAAGUAAUAUAUGAAUUUUGAGGAUUUAUCUAUAUUCAGUCCAGUUGGUUUCAUGAAAAGACAUGCAAAUUAAUUCAUUGAAUCAAAGCUUGUCCCUGAGGUUUUUUUUUUUUUUUUUUGCGAAUAUGACUAAAUGUUGCAUCCACAAUGGUGGUAUUGCCCUGGUAUCUAGUUCACCUUCUUAAAAGGUCGGUAGAUGUUUGCUAAAAUAUGUUUCCUAUAUAGUUUACCUUUAUAAAGGGUAGGGAGAUGUUUGUUAGAAGAUUUUCAUUAUCUAGUUCACCUUGUUAAAGGAUAGGAAGACGUUUGGUAGGAGAUGUUUGCUAUCUGGUUCAUCUUUCUAAAGGGUGUCCUGGUAUUUGGUAGAAGAUGUUUGGUAUCUAGUUCCCCUUCUUAAAUGUUCUGCAGAUGUUUGGUAGAAGAUCUUUGGUGUCUGGUUCAGGUUCUUAAAGUGUCUGCAGGUGUUUCGUAGGACAUGUUCUGUAUCUAGCUCAGCUUCUUAAAGGGCCUGUAGGUGUUCGAUAGAAUAUGUUCAGUAACUAGUUCACCUUCUUAAAGGGUCUGCUGGUGCUGAGAGGAGGACAGGUGGUAUCUAGCUCAGCGUUCCUCAUGCUCCUCAUGCUGUAUCUGGAGCAGGACGUCAUUUUGGUUGCCUCAGCGGAUUUCAGUGCUGCUUUUGUGCUGACCUAAAUAGUCCUCAGUGGUCUCCAUUGCACAGUGUCGAUUUAUUUUUACAUACCAUACACUCAAUCUCUUUUUCUCACACACACCAUGUCUAUCUGUUAUACACACACAGUCACAUACUUGGAAAUGCACACAGGCAUUCUCUGUUCCUGUAUUUCUUACACAGAUACACACACUCCCUGCAUUUUUAUACAUAUAUGCACUAUAGCUAUUUAUUACCCACACACACACACACACAUGCUCACAUAUCCCAUGAUUCUCUCUUUCUUGCACACACACUCUCAGCCUCUCUCACAUACACUCAGUCCCCCUCCUCCAGGCUUUCCCAGCCAACCGAACACAGUGCCUCAGAGUCCCAUCUCCCAGCAGCCCAAUCACCACACCCCCCGCAUCGCUAUUCCCUCCCGCCGCACCCGGCCCUACAAAAGCACUUAAAGCUCACACCGCACCUCAUUUUCCAUCAAUGGCGGGAGAGCAAGGGCCGCUUCUGAGCUCCGAGGAGCAUUUUGGAGAGUCCAUCAUGGAGCAGUUCAACCCGUGCCUGCGGAACUUCGUCGCUAUGGGGAAGACGUAUGAGAAAGCGCUCUCGAGUGUCACAUUUGCAGCCAAGGGCUACUUCGACGCUCUGGUGAGGAUGGGCGAGCUGGCCAGCGAGAGUCACGGCUCUAAGGAUCUUGAAGAGGCAGCAUGGGAUGUGCUCUUUCAGAUGGCUGAGGUUCACAGGCAGAUCCAGGUGCAACUGGAAGAGAUGUUGAAGUCAUUCCACAAUGAGCUGCUAACAGAACUGGAGAAGAAAGUUGAGCUUGACGCCCGCUAUCUCAACGCCGCUCUGAAGAAGUAUCAGAUGGAGCACAGGAGCAAAGGCGAGAGUCUUGAGAAGUGCCAGGCGGAGCUGAAGAGGCUUCGGCGAAAGAGCCAGGGUAGCAAGAACCCAUCCAAGUACAGCGACAAGGAGAUGCAGUACGUGGAGAACAUCAGCAGCAAGCAGAGUGACCUGGACAACUACAUUGCCGAGGGCUACAAGACAGCGCUCUCAGAGGAGAGGAGGAGGUACUGCUUCCUGGUGGAGCGGCAGUGUGCUGUGGCCAAGAACAGCAUCGCUUACCAUGGCAAGGGCAAAGACCUGCUGACUCAGAAGGUGCCCAUAUGGCAACAGGCCUGCUCAGACCCCACCAAGCUGCCGGAGAGGGCCCUGAUCCUGGCCCAGCAGAUGUCGUGUGGGGGUGGGGGCACACUCAUGGCCAGCCCCCGGCAUUCCUCCAAGGGCAGCCUGCACAUCGCUGAGCCCAUGCCAGGGUCCAAGCCACUGCCGGUGCCGCCUGAGCUGGCUGGACACUUGGGUAGCCUGGGGCAGCAGACGAGGUUGAUGAGCCCAGAUGCGAUGCCCCUGGUGAACGGUACAGCCGGCCUCCAUGGAGCUGACUACGCACACUGGGCGGAGGAGCAGGUGGCCCAGGUGAAGCCGGCCUCUCCGCAGGUGCAGCGGCAGGCUGGUGAAGUGUACUCCAACACUCUCCCAGUGCGCAGGCCCACUCCGUCUAAGAGCAAGGCUGCCGUGGCUGAGAACCGGACACUGCCAAGGUCCAGUUCCAUGGCAGCAGGGCUGGAGCGCAACGGUCGAACCCGGGUCCAGGCCAUCUUCUCCCAUGCAGCUGGUGACAAUAGCACAUUGCUGAGCUUCAUCGAGGGUGACAUCAUCACCCUGCUAGUGCCCGAGGCACGGGAUGGCUGGCACUAUGGGGAGAGCGAAAAAACCAAGAUGCGUGGAUGGUUCCCGUUCUCCUACACGCGAGUCCUCCCCGAAACCAAUGAAAGCGACCGGCUCCAUGUCAAUCUGCAUCAUGGGAGGAGCAGCAGCACGGGAAACCUGCUGGAGCGGGACGACCUGACCCUGCCCCCCCCUGACUACGGCAUGCCCAGCCGGCAGCUGGCACAGCCCACAGCCCAUAGCCGACAGCGGCCCUACAGCAUGGCCAUGCCUGGCUUCUCUCAGCAGGGAAUGGCAGAUUACGAGUCACGGUUUCCUACCAGCACAACAGAGCGGUCAGAGCUGGAAGACGGGUUCCAAGCAAAAUAUUGGGCGAGUCCUGCAGCCGAAACGGGCACACUGAUGUGAGAGCAGAAUGGCCGGGGACGUCACCGCCCAUCUCACACGCGUCGUCCUUUGAUACCACUGCCGGUCCUUCUCCCACCAGGCUUUGUGCUUCUCCUUCCUCAAGGGGAGGGGGAAUUCCCAUAACGGAUACUUUGGCAGCGAUUAACCUUGGGGCUUGCAGACCACCCCAGUCGCAGCCCAUCACUCUUUCCUCUUACGUUCCCAUCGGUCAAGAGCAGGAGAUGCAGGUUGAAGGGGUCUCUUCAAUCAGGCAGUUUAGUUUUCCUACAGAACUAUGUAAAUAUAUUUAAGAUGUUCAAGUUUUUACUCUGGAAUUCAAAUGUUAUCAUUGUGCUCUUAUUUCUGUGCUUUUCGAGGGCAGAUCUCAACUCAAUAUUCAGUUCACUGCAUUGGUAGGCUGCAGAUCGGUAUGGACUGAUAGGGACUGUCUUUGUUUCUUAAUAACUAUUAUAAAGUAAAAUGGCAUACCACUUCAGUCUGGGGGUUCCCCAGCAAACUCCUUAGCAUGUAUGAAACCACAAUGUACUUCAACUUGAAGGAUUUUCUUCCUUUUCAAACCCUAACAAUCCUCCGUUCAUGGAAACAGAUUGACAUUAACUGUCCUUCCCUAUUAGCUUAUUAUCCUACCAAUGUGUAUUUAUCAAUAUUGUGUGUAUAAAGACAUCUAGAGUAGUCUAGGCAUGCACGAAAGUGAAAAACAAAUCAGGUUUUUUUUUUUAAAAGGUUCACUUUACUUGUAGCUAGCUUAUUCAAAUGCGUUUUAAGCCAUAAUUUAAGUAAUGGUCGAUUAUUGCUACAGUAUGUACAGGAAUAUAAUUGAUAAAGGGGGUAGCUGCUGUUGCUGUUUGACUUAGUUGAUUAUGCUAUGAUGGAAACGCAUUAAUGUAACUAUAUAAAUUAGAAAUUACUGUAUGUACCUGACUAACGACUUCAUGGGAGCCAUUGAAGUUGGCUAGUACUUCGCAAAGCUGUCGUUUGCGGCGAUGAUGGCUCUUUAGCCGAAGCUUAAGUCUCCCCGACCUCACAGACACGUUCAUGCCCGAUGUGGGCGCUUUAGUUACGAUCUCUGUGCCCGGCCUUGACUCCAUGGAACCGCAAUAGCCUGUUCUGUGAGCGCAACUGCUAUGCAAGUAACUCGCUGUUCGUAUCACUGUCAUUUAGCUGUGGGUUUGAAACUGUCUGUCCACCGGCUCUAUAAAGCUGUCUUUUUUGAGUUCAUUCACUAUGAAUUAUGAUUGUUUAAAACAUUAUCUAUAUGUUUUGAAGUAGCUUUACUCCGGGUUGCAGUGAAGUUUUUGUAACGAUACUGGCUGCCACCGAACCGUUACAAUUUCCCACUGCACUGGUGCUUUCCAAAACCCGCGUUUGCACCAACCUACCAGGAGACUGGGGCUCAGUGGUGCUCAUGGGAUGGGAUUGCUGUGUCCGAUCGACCGGUUCCACGGCUCCGCACGGCAAUGACACUCACCGCCGGUUUGGGCGCCCUUCCCCCACCACGACUGCGCUCUUAUCUUUAAAGACACGAUUCACCUUGUUAUUUAAUCGCAUUUAUUUUGCAUUUUGAUCUCAACUAAUCCCUUGCGUGGAUGAAGGUAAUUCUCCUUCAUCAAUGGGUCCUGGCAAAGGAUACGAAAUAUUGUUUAAUCUUGUUUUACAAGUGUAUUAGGUGGUUUGGAGCUGCAGCACUUUAGGUAUUGAUUUACCGCUGAUCACGAUGGAAAGAGCCGCUGUAAUUAUGUUUGUCAAACCUGUUCAGCUAGAUGUAACGGUACCAGACACUCGUCCUUCAUGUCUUGCCUUUGACGAAUAAUAUUAGUCGUCUGAAGGGGCCGUGAGCUUAACUUGUACAAGUCCACGCAAUGCAAAGUCUGCAUACUUCAUUUAUUUCGUUGCCUCUUAUGAUUUUUCCCCUCAAGGUGUUAAGUUUGUUUGAGUUGACUCGUUUUGUAAGCGUUUUUAAUCAGGGUGGGGGAUAAAUUACACACAGCUCAGCCACUUGUGCGAUGUGCGAAAACCAAGCCUGGAUUCAGAUAUAAUGUAUUAUUAUACAUAUUUCCUUCUCCUCCGUGUAACUGGCGCGUUUAGGUUCUCGUGGGGGUGCCAUAAAAGACAACUAACACACAUGCUUUGUACAUGACCAGCGCUGGGUUUAAAAGAACAGUGUUUGUGACGAAAGGUCCCUGGUGGGCCCUGCUGGUGGAUCUUUUGGCAAGUUAUAUAAGCCGAAGUACUAGUGUUCUGUGAGAAACGUGCUGCUGUAUAAAUGUUAGGAGGCUUCUAAAAUUGCCGAGCCACCAUCUCUGUGUCGCUGUGCUCGGUGACGGACACUGAAGGCUGUUCUGGUCAUUAAUGCAGAACUCCUCAUGGUCAUUCUCUUUGUAGCGUGUUUUAGUUCGUUUUUUUCCGUGUAAUUAGGUGGAAUUUCAGAUAUAGCCGUUGAGGUUAUGUGUUCUUGUAAACGGAAGCAGUUGUAAAAUAUUAGAGGAAAUAGUUUAUAUUAUUACUGAAAGAUGCUUGUAUGUUUGUAGAUAAAACUGUCAGAUGCUUUUUAUAACCCAGUUGUAAAUAAUGGCACAUUUUCGUAAGCCUAGAUCAUUGUCUUAACGCAAAAUAAGGGAAUUGUUUAUUUUCUGCGCAAUAUUUUGUGUCCAAAGUAUUGCAAUAAAUUUUUGUGUUUAAGUCGAUUUUGGAGGCCAAAAAUGUGGCGUGAUGAACAAGGCUGUUUGUGUUUUCAGUCAUAACAAGCUGCUGGGAACGGAACAAAGAAACCAGUUGAAUAUAAUGGAGCAGCCGAUGUCUGAAAACACUGCUCUGUUCACGUAGGUGUCGCAGUGCACAGCUGUUUACAUGGACUCAAAGUUUGAGGGUCCCCUCAGUAUGUGUGUUUGCUUAUGAUGGGUAGAAAAUGUUGUGAAGACAAUGUCCCUUUGCAAUGUAACACUGAAAGCCUCACCGACACACACUGGGUCUGAAGAAAUACAAUAUUUCUGCAUUAUUAUCAGUCAAGAUUCACAAAAUCCUAUUCCCAGGAUGCAUAUAUUUAUGUGUGUGAGAGAGAGCAAGAGGUCCCAGCCCUAUUGGCCAAGUGCCGGAUUUGUAAACAAAUAAUUGAACUUUUUUUUUUUUACUGUUUUCUAUGUAAAUUCACUGUCCUCCACUUGUUUCACAUUGUCACUAUCUUUGCUGUAAUCAAGAAUACAUGACUUAUAUGAAAUAAAUGUCAAUAAAUUAAGAAGCACUGCUGAGAGCUACUG